GUCAUUAAAAUAUGUCUUUACAACAGAAGUGUUUAAAUAAAGCCACAGAUGCUAGACAAGACCCAAAUCCCCCUCUGAACCCAUAUGUAUUAGUACAACACAUUGUUUUAUGGUGUCAGAAGUGAAAUUAAGUGUAUCUACUGGCAGACGCAUUUACAAGCAGCAACAAGUUACCCUUUAAAAUCACUUUCACUUCAAUCACACAACUUUCAUUCUGCAUUAGAGUUCAGUGCCAGGUGGGGCUUUCCACUCUGUCCUGGCAAUUAAAAUCCAUUUACAGUGAGUAUUAGUGCAUUUUUUUUUUUUUUUUUUUUUACAUGUAUUUAUUAAUUUAUAUUAAGCCUGCACUAGCAAUUAAAUGCAUUAAUGUAUACAUGUGUUAUUGUGUGCAUAAUGAGUGAGAUGACAUUUUCAAAAUGAUAAUUAUAUUAAGAGCUGUUGUUACUAUUGCUAUAUUUAUUUGCUUGGCCAGUGUCGUUGUGAGUUUUGGUUCUUUUAGGCUGUAAAGACCAUUGAAAUAACUGAAAUAAUUUGGCGAAGUAUGAACAUGUAAUGUGGUCAGGACCUGCCUGGAACUACGUUUGCUGAGAAACGUUCGUCAGCCAAUCAGAUUCAAGCAUUCUACAGCCCCCCUAGUCAUUUGUAAAUGGGUCUGGUUUCCGGUCUCAUCUGCUUCCAGAUAUUUGUAGCUGUACAAAACAGCUUACUUUGCAUCACAGGAAUAAAUUACAUUUUAAAUAGACUCAUCUAGAAAAAAAUUAUUUUAAAUUUAAAUAAUAUUUCAUAAAAUUAACGUUUUUACUAUAUUUUUGAUCAAAUAAAUUCAGCCAUGGUGAGCAUAAGAGACUUCUUUCUAAAACAACAUAUAUAUACACACACACAUAUUAACACUGCUUAUCUUUUGCCUUAAAGGUUAAAAAUCACAGCCUCAAGCUCCCAGUCUGCCAAUCAAAUGGGGGCCAUUCUGACUUUGGUGGAGCCGGUGGUUGUCAUCAAUAAACUUGGGACGUCCUUCUUUGAGAUGGCCCUCACACAGACAGUGUAUAACCACUCACUGAAGGCAACAGCAGGAGACAGCGAUAAGGCACAGGCGUUAUCCUCACACUUUCUUCUUAUUCAGAGUGUGUUGUCUUCUGUGGCGGCCAUGUUGUCCAUUAUACCACUGAGCCGUAUGGCAGACCGUCAUGGCCCUAAAGUCUUCCUGGUGGCCUCUCAAAUGGGUUCGGUUUUGGGCAUGUUCAUGCUUGUCGUCUUCAUGUACUGUGAGGUUCCUCUGGAGUUUCUGUACUUGGGUUCUUUGCUGCAUGGUUUGAGCGGAGGCGGGCCGAUGUUUUGGGCCGGGGUGGCUGCUCUGGCAUCUCUCAGCUCAGAGCAGGGCAAACGCACUCUUAAACUCAACAUCGUGGACUUCUGUUUUGGGAUCGCAGGGGUCGUGGGAGGUCUUCUGUCUGGAUAUCUAUACCAGAUGGGACCAUCAAGUCUCCUCCUGACAGCAAUUCUGGUCAGCAUUGUGGCAUUACUGUACACUGUGUUUGUCCUUACUGACUCGAGACGUUUGCUAUCCGAGAGCGAGCCGUUGCUGACUGAAUCCGAAAGUGGGAAAAUGAUGGAUCGAGUCUCUAUAGGCAUGCUGAUGACAGCCAUGAUGUUGUUCAUGCUAGGCGUGGUCGGGGCAGAAAAUGUGCUGCAGCUCUAUGUGCUAAAGCCCCCUCUGAGCUGGAACUCGGUUUGGGCCGGAUAUGGCAGGGCCGCCACCAGUGCCAUGUAUCUCAGUAGCUUCUUAGGGGUCCUGACUCUGUUCAGUGUGUUGGGAGACACAGCCCUCACUCUGCUGGGUAUUGUGUCCAACUGUACUGGGAUGGCAAUCAUGGCAUUCGCUAUAGAAAGCUGGGUCUACUUCCUGGGUGAGUUUGUUGUUGCCACGGACUUGGCAACACUUAUUAUUACAUAAGCACAACUCAUGAGAACGUCAACUUGCAUGUUUUUUCGCAAAUUUAGUCGCAGCAAACAGCGCAAACAACUGCAUGAAAUAAAACAUACUGGCUGUAUUAAACUUUUAUUUGAGUAGCAUAUCUCAAUAGAGAUUGCUGAAUUCCAACGUAGAUGUUUGCUGGUGAUUUCAGCUCAUCUGCACUUUUUCUUUAAUGUAGAGAUAGUGUAUGUGCAUGGCUGCCAGGUUAUAUGUAAUAUUUUCAUGAUUAAAAUGAACUGUUGAGUUUCUAUCAUUGAUUCACAUGUUCAUCAAUUUAUCUCUUGUGAAGCUAGAAGUUGCACGUUUUGGAAUAAACUAAUUCAUAAUGAAGUCAUUUUAACUUUAAACCAUCAUAUCUGGCAAAAAACGAGUCCUCUCUCCAUACUAAUGCUUUGUCCAGUGAAAGGUUUUUGUAUUUUUCUGCAUGUGUUGUUUUAAACAGCUAGAGGAAUCAUGAUGUUUGCCUGUGUUCCCAUGCCAACACUUCGAGCCAUGCUGUCCAAGAAUCUGCAUCCUCAACAAUAUGGGCGAGUUUUUGGGCUGCUACAGCUGGUUCUGGCUGUGACUGAUCUCUUGUCUAAUGUCUUUUUCACCUCGAUUUACCCACUUACUCUCGGCUGGUUCAGUGGCUUCUGCUUCCUCCUCUCCUGUGUCAUUAGUUACAUCAGUGCCGUCCCUAUCAUUUAUCGAAGUGGCAGAGACUUGAGACUUGGAUCCAUCUGUGAUGAUGAACACUUACAUUGAAAUGUGUCUGUUCUUAUUUUGAUUCAGUACUAUGGAGCUGCAAAAGCAUUGCAUUCCCUGCAUUGCCCACAAAACCUUCAUGUUCUCUCGCAAAAGUGUUGAAUUCCCAGAGGACAUUUUUAAGCUUUUGUUUUUGCUCGCAAAACCUUUGCAAGAGAAUCUGAAACUCUGGCAAAAGAACACAACAUUUUUGCAAGCGAAAGCAAAGUUUCUCAAGGUAACGCAAGAGAUUUGCACGCAAAUGCAAAAGCAUGGAUUUUUUUCCUUCUCUGACUAACUUUCCUUUAAGGACUCUGUAUAUUUCUAUCAGAUAUAUUCAUAUAACUAUAUCUAUUGUCUGAUUUCCACUAACUAAUGCAUAACAUAAAAUUUGAUUGCACUAAUACAAAGUGCAAUACAUAAUAAUAUGACAUCAAAGAAUUGAUGAAAGAACUAAUGAAAGUAUGAUAUAAAAGUCUGUCCAGCUUUCUUGCAGGAGACAUAGUUGGGUAAAAUAGGUUUUGUUUAUGGUGGAAAUAGCUUUCGGUCUUAAAAUAUUAUUAGCAUUUUAGGACUGGACACAUGAAGUGUCAAAUGUUUUUAGCAGCUCUGCAUAUGGUUUCUACUGUUACAGUGAUUAAUCUGUGUUUCUUGUAUGUGUUAUUUUUA